AUGGAUUUAAACGUCGUCCCUUACCUUUGUCAGGAAAAUCGUAUUUUCCUCUUCGGGCCUCUGGAAUAUAAAAUGAAUGAGCAUGAACUUGGAGUCCACAUCGCAGCUGCUCGUGCAAUUACUGAGUGAUAUGGAAUAAAAACUUAUACCCAAGAUGAAUGGGAUACUGUUAAUGGAUCCCAUCACGAGCAAACCAAGUCAGUAAUGGUUCAUGUUACUUAUUUUUCCCACUUAGAAGAUCAUUCACGCAUUUAUGUCCCGAUCCGAGAAGUUCCUCAAGGGAUUACGAUACCUGGAGAAAAUAAUCAUUUCGUUAGGCAUGAGAGGAUCAUGAGAGUAAACUGAAGUAGGUCUCUCGAGUUUAAUUACUUACUCCCCCCCCCCUCCGUGAGUGAACAAAAAAAUUUUGUUCACUCACGGAGGGUUAUUUUUUUUUUUUUAAAAAAUUUAUAUAUAAAUUUUCUAAAAAAUUUUUUUUUUGAAAUUUAAAAAAAUCCUAAUUUGCAAAAAUUUGAAAGCAAAUAUUAAUUUUAUUUAUAAAAUUUUAUGUUUUAAAAUGCAAUUCAUUUAAAAUUAAACAGAAUUAGCUCUAGAUUUCAUUAUAUUAAUUAUCAUUUAUAUAUCAAAAUUUUUUUUCCAUAAAAAAUGUUUUCUAUUAUAAAAAAAUUUUUGUUCACUCACGGAGGGUGGGUUUUUGGGCAAAAAAUAGCGAUUUUUCUAAUGAUUUUGUUCACUCACGGAGGGGGGGAGUUAGGAAAAGCUUUGAGGAAUGAAACAAUAUCAUAUCCUCUGCCAGUUGUAAUGCAGCACCCUGAUUAUGCAACUUUACAUUUUGCCGACUACUCGCCAAUGGCAAAAUUUGUUGAGGCUUGGUCUUCGAGCAUGUUUGCGAGGCCAUUUGAAAAAUGGCAGCAUUAUUGUGCAAGUCUUAACCAGCUUCCUUCUGAGCAAGCGCUUCAAUCGUUAAAAGGAAUAAUCAUUUCAGGAGGCAGAUUCUCGGCCUAUGAUACUCAUGACUGAAUGGAUAACCUAAAAGCAUUUUUGCGAAAAGUUGAUAGAGAAUAUCCUCAUAUCAAACUAAUCGGAAUAUGUUUAGGUUCCCAGGUAAUUGCAGAAACUUUUGGCGGAAAAGUUGAAAAAAUCCCAAAUAAAAAUAUUUUUAAAUGUGAAACCGUCAGAACUACUCCUGAAUUCAGAAGCAAAUUUUUCGAUACAAGGGAGCAAUACAGGCUAAUUGAAAUACAUGGGGAUAAUAUCGUAAAAAUCCCAGAAAGAUGCGAAAGAUGGGGAUUUUCGGAAAGCAGCCCUAAUGAAAUAUAUGGCAUCCAAAAUAAAUGGUUGGGAAUCCAAGGACACCCAAACUUUAUUGGCAGAAUGUAUGAAGUCGUAUAUAUAGGCCAACAAGUCCGCCAAGGGAUGAUUACUAAAGAGACAGCUGAUGCUAUGAUUGCUGAUUAUAAUGCGCAUCGCUCUCACACUUACGAAUUGUUAGAGUUUAUCAAUCAAUUCUUGAGAGUACAAUUAAUUUAG